GCCUGGAGCUGAUCUGUGCCACAUGGCGCUCACUCGCUCUUUCGGUGCUGAAGAGGAGAUAAUUACUCGAGAAUAUUUAGUUGGCCUAGAAGAAACGGACCCAAGUUUCACCAAACACAUAGUAUGUCCAUUUUCCUCAGCGUGAACAAAUACCUUGUUAGGAGGUGUAUUAUCGCAAAGGUAGUGGACUAAUUGGUUUUCUCGGACUGUGGCUUGAGGAUCACGUGCAUCCGAAUUGCCUGCAUGUGUAAAAUCCAGCCACCUCCUACACCUCUGGAACUGGGAGCUGAAAACUUGUGAAUCCCGAAACUUGAGAACUGCUGGACCUGAGCAUCAGUGCUUCCUGUUGUGUCUCCAGGUUAGUUUGGCACUAUGGGGAUACAAGGAUUGCUACAGUUCAUCAAAGAAGCUUCUGAACCUAUCCAUGUGCGGAAGUAUAAAGGGCAGGUAGUAGCUGUGGAUACCUAUUGCUGGCUUCACAAAGGAGCUAUUGCAUGUGCUGAAAAGCUAGCCAAAGGUGAACCUACUGAUAGGUAUGUAGGAUUUUGUAUGAAAUUCGUAAAUAUGCUACUGUCUCAUGGGAUCAAGCCUAUUCUUAUAUUUGAUGGAUGUACUUUACCUUCUAAAAAGGAAGUGGAAAGAUCUAGAAGAGAAAGACGACAAAGCAAUCUUCUUAAGGGAAAGCAGCUUCUUCGUGAGGGGAAAGUCUCAGAAGCCCGAGAAUGUUUUACCCGUGCCGUCAACAUCACACAUGCUAUGGCCCACAAAGUAAUCAAAGCUGCCCGGUCUCAGGGAGUUGAUUGCCUUGUGGCUCCAUAUGAAGCGGAUGCUCAGUUGGCCUAUCUUAACAAAGCUGGCAUUGUACAAGCGGUCAUUACAGAAGACUCUGAUCUUUUAGCAUUUGGCUGUAAGAAGGUGAUUUUAAAAAUGGACCAGUUUGGAAAUGGCCUAGAGAUUGAUCAGGCUCGGCUAGGAAUGUGCAAGCAGCUUGGAGAUGUAUUCACUGAAGAGAAAUUUCGUUACAUGUGUAUUCUUUCAGGCUGUGACUACCUCUCAUCUCUGCGUGGAAUUGGAUUGGCAAAGGCAUGCAAAGUACUCAGACUGGCUAACAAUCCAGAUAUUGUAAAGGUUAUCAAGAAAAUUGGCCAGUAUCUCAAGAUGAAUAUAACAGUACCAGAGGAUUACAUCGAAGGAUUUAUUCGAGCCAAUAAUACUUUCCUUUAUCAGCUAGUUUUUGAUCCUGUCCAAAGGAAACUUGUCCCUCUGAACGCCUAUGAAGAUGACGUUGAUCCUGAAACACUAAGUUACGCUGGGAAGUAUGUGGAUGAUGCAGUAGCUCUUCAAAUAGCACUUGGAAAUAAAGAUAUAAAUACUUUUGAACAGAUCGAUGACUACAAUCCAGACAUUACUACGGCUGCCCAUUGCAGAAGUAAUAGUUGGAAUGAGAAGGCAUGUCCAAAGUUACCUGCUGGAAGUAGCAUUUGGCAUAAGAAUUAUUGCUCCAGACUUGAGCCGAGUAAUGCUUUCGAUGCUACACAGUUGAAGGAAAAGCCAAGUACCUUGGGCAUUAAACAAGUUAUUAGUACCAAAGGAUUAAGUCUUCCAAGGAAGUCAUCUAUGGUGAAAAGACCACGAAGUGAAGAGCUGUCAGAAGAUGAUCUGUUGAACCAGUAUUCUCUUUCAUUUAUAAAGAAGACAAAGAAAAUUAAUUGUGGAAACAAUAAAUUACUCAACUCUUCUGAAAUGCUUGUGCCUGAACUGGGAGUUGAAAGUACUCUAAUGAAAAGCUUAAAGACGCCACCGAAGUCAAGGAAUAAAUUUGCAACAUUUUUACAAAGAAAAAAUGAAGAAAGUAGUGCAAUUGUAGUUCCAGGGACUAGAAGCAGGUUUUUCUGCAAUUCUGUGGAUUCUGCUGACUUUGCACCAAAGACAGUCAACACUCAGUCUCUAAAUGGCACUGCUGUCACCGAUAAUGCUGCUAAUCUUGGUGAUUCAGAUUGUCCAGACCUAGAAGACCAGAAGUUGGUUGACACAAAUAUCAUGCAUAAUUCAAGGGACCAGAUUUCUGAUGAUGUGACUGUGUUUGCUGAUGAAGAGUCUCAAUCUACCAAAACCAGCGAAUUCACACAGAGCAUUUCACCACCCACACUGGGGACACUAAGGAGUUGCUUUAGUUGGUCUGGAAGUCUUGGGGAUUUUUCAAGAACUCCAAGCCCUUCUGUAGGCACAGGCUUGCAGCAGUCUAAAAGGAAGAACGAUUCCCCUCCUUGUCUGCCUGAGAACAGUGCUAUGUCUGUUCUGUCUCAGCCAAUGAGUGAUGAGUCAGGCGAUGAAUCUCGGCUUUUACAGGAAACAACCUGGUCUUCACAGUCUCAGGAAAGCACAGUGUCAUCCCCACACAGUUUAAAUGCAUCAAAACUUUCUCAGCCUUCUAGUAAGGAUUCUGAUUCAGAGGAAUCUGAUUAUAACAUUCAGUCACUUGAUAGUCAAGGUAACCAGAACUUCAAGGAACGUUUAUCUCAUUUUUCAAAGAAGGACACACUUCUAAGGAAGAAGGUUCCUGGACUACAUAAGUCUAGUUCUGCAGAGUCUCUUUCUGCAACCAAGAUCAAGCCCCUAGUACCAGCACGAGCCAGUGGACUGAGCAAGAAGCCAGCAAGCAUCCAGAAGAGAAACCAUCAUAACUCUGAGAACAAGCCAGGAUUGCAGAUAAAAAUCAGUGAGCUCUGGAAAAAUUUUGGAUUUAAAAAAGACUCUGAAAAGCUUCCUUCUUAUAAGAAGCCCCUAUCUCCAGUCAGGGAUAACAUCCAGCUCACUCCAGAAGCGGAAGAGGAUAUAUUUAACAAACCCGAGUGUGCACGUGUUCAGAGAGCAAUAUUCCAGUAGUGUAGCUGCUGGUGACUGGUGUCUACACGAACAUCAUCUGUUUGAAUUCCCUGCUUGAAAAUGGGGCACUUACCAGCCUAGAAAAUUUAUUCUUAGACCAAUUUUAUUUUUAAAGUAUGCAGAAUACAUGUUGUAUAUUACUUAUAUAAUUGUUUCUUUUCCCCAGCUUUUUAUAUUUUCAUAAGAAGCUAAAUAGAAUAAUGUUCUGGCAUUUUC